AUGGAGUCCAAGAGAAAUCAAAGUGCUCAUGGUGAUGAAAAGGAAGUAACCUCAACCCUUCCCAGACGAGCAGGCUUGAAUUUAUUCUACCAAGGCUUUUGGUACUCGGACGUGUCUUUGGUGGCCACAACCAUCUCAGCUCAACGUUCCGAUAUUUUCCUUUGCAGCUUUCCGAAAACCAGCACGACUUGGCUGAAGGCACUCGCUUUUUCCAUCGUCUCGAGAACCACCGUCAUCGACUGUGAUUCCACCGCCGACCCUUUCGCUUCCAUGUCGCCGCAUGAAUGUCUUCCUGCCUUGGAGUACAGUGAAACUUUUACCCCUUUCGACCGAGAUCCUCGGAGCCCUCUAAUAGCCACACAUAUCCCCUUCUCUUCGUAA